GCCGCCGCAUUCCUUCCGUCGGCCAUUUUAGGUUGGGAACCAUCGAGGCGGCGCCAUUAAAGUGCGAGAAAGGAGGGAAACGCCAGCAGCCCGCGCUUGGCACGUCGUCGUCGCCGCUGCCGACGCCGUCGCGGUUUUCGUCGCGGUCGGGCAGCGCAGCCCCUACUGACUCCUCUCCACCCCCCCCCCGCGCCUCACAGGAUCCCGCCUUCUUCUCCCUCCCCCCCUAAACCUUCGGCGACCCUCCUCUCUCCCUUUUCCUGCGAGAGCAGCCGGCCGAGACACCAUGUCGGAGCAGCCGUUCGCCGGAGAUGCCGCUGCCGCGGAGGCUUCGGAGCAGGCCGAGCAGCUUGAAGGGGCCUCGGGCAACGGAGGAGGCGGCGGCGGCGGCGGCGGCGCCGAAGGAGGUGGUGGCGGCGGUGGAGGAGGCGGCGGCGGCGGCACAGGAGAAUCGGAGGGAGCGAAAAUCGACGCGAGCAAGAACGAGGAGGAUGAAGGGUAGGCGAGCGGGUGGAGGAGAACGACGGUGGGCCUCAUCCCGCCCCGCGUUGACCCGCCUGCUUACUCCCGAGUCGGGAGAAACGUAACCGGCGGCGUUAUUUCCUAGGGGAACCUCCUUUUCCGCUCCCCAAAAUUGGUUCUGCUGCUCCCUCAGUGGUGCUUCGCUCCGCAUCUUCCCCUCCCCCUUCCCGGGUAGUGUUAGGAUGGAGAUGCGCGAGUCCCCCGGGGAGGAAGGAAACGGGGGUCGUGGACGCGCAUCUCCCCCCCCCCCAAUUUUUUGUAUUGGUUUUUACAACAUUAUAAACAAACAAACAUAUAAGACAAGCAAACAUAAAUCAUAGCCUUAUUAAAAAUUACUCUUAUUAACAUUGUCAAGUGACUUCCUCGCUUCACUGUUUUCAGUUAAUUUAACUUAACAUAUUUAACUAACUAAUCAUUAAAUUUUGUCCAUUCUUCCUGAUCUGGUGCUUUUAUCUGAUGGCUUCCAAGUCUAAGCGGGCGAGCGGCGCUCCUGCGCCUCGGGCGACUUCCGAGGAGCAGCUGCCUGUUGCAAGAGCGAUCUCUUCGUUUCGUAGCCUUGCUUUGCUCCGCAUACGGGGGGUGGGGGUGGCUUGUGCGUGUGUGUUUCUGGUUUUGUGGCCCUCGAGACCUUGCCCGUAGGGUCUGCGUUAGCGAACCCCGCGUGGCUUCUUUUUUAUAUAUAUAUAAAGAAAGAAUGGCCCCCGUUUGCUUCGGCAGCCCUGCCGACUUUGUAAGGGAGAAGAGUUGGAAGCCACCCUCGGGUUGCAACGGAGCAAAAUGCAUCUAAUGCAGAGGGGGCUGCAUGGUGCGAAAGUGGGUGCUCCGGUGUGCAUAGUCUGGGCGCUAUAAACAUGCACUAAAACCGCAGUGUAGAAGUGGCUGUCAAAUGCAGACGAUGCCUUGUAGUCUUUAUGAAUGAGCCCUGCUGUUUUUUUGUUUUUGUUUUAGCCCGGGAUGCAUGAAAACAAAAGAGUUGUAUCGCUGAGAGUAGACAGUCACAAGGCUCAUUGUUUUCGCUGCAGAUGGACUUGCGCUGCUACCUCGCUAGAAAUGAGGCGAGUGGAGCCCAUUCUGUGCAAAUUUUCAGUUGUGUAUUGUGCAAAAGACAGUCAUAUAAGCUCAUGCAAGAGCUUGAUGGUACACAUUCUGUAGCUCUCAAAACGAAUGUGAAGCUUUCCACUGAGCCCUCUUUUGUCUGGUCAUGAAACCUACUUUUUACUUGGUGGUCCCAUGGCGUUGUCUUUAUCUUUGUCUUGUGUUAGUGGCUGCAGAGAUAUGUGGAAAUCCUGGGUGAAAAGCCCAUCCCCACUGUCUAUAAUGAGGGUAUCCACUAUCUGGCAGAAGGUUGCAUUGUCUUUCAGUGGAUUAGGUUGGUCACCUAAGCAGCUUUCUUACUUUGAGACUUUUACAGUGUGGAAAGGAUAACACUAUGUUCCCUCAACUAAUGUAUAUUGCAUGUCUUAUGUAAUGCAUGGGAAAAAAAUGUUAACAGGAUAGCUGAGCAGUAUCCUUUUGUAGCAUAUACAUACAGUAAGUAAUUUACUCUGAUGAUAGCCAUUCAUUCAUUUGUACCUCCAAGCCUAGAGUUUUGUAAUGUGGUUUACCGGGGGAUGACUUUAAAGGGUUCCAUUUAUUAGCUUGUAAAAUAAGAAGCAAAAGGUAGCCAUGUUCCCCCAUAUGGGGGAAGAAACCACCGUUUGGACAAUAUUUUUAUUAGGACUAGCUAAAAUGUAACAAAAAUGUGGCAAGCUUUUUGGAGUUCUGGAUGACUAUAGCAAAACAACAACGUUAUAAUAAAACCACAACUUAAGAGACAACCAAAUAUAUAUAUCACAGAACUAAGCAGCUGCCAAGUACAUACUUUAAAGUGACCAACCGUAAAGCCAGAUCUUUAAAACUGGGACAGAAGAAAAGCCUUAGCCAGAUGCUGAAAAGACAGCAAGUUGGGUGCCAGGUGGCCUCCCUAGGGAAAUUAUUCCAUAGUGUUGGGCUCAAAAAUACUGCAGCUCUCCUGGCUGGGCAAUGUUAUUGAGAUAGUGCUAGUUAAGGCAUAGUAAGUGACCUAAAUCACUGGGACUCAGCAUGAUGGUCUCUGCUGCUAUUUUAUGUGAUGAUACUAAGUUCAAAUAUGAGCAUGCAUUUGCUAUUAAGCAUUAAGCCUGGUCUGUUGAAGAGUGCAUAGACUGUCCCUCAACUGUGGAGCACUCUUGCCUUUGAAACUAAGCAAAUGAUGGUUCCUGGUUUAUACAAUACUGAAUGAGUGCCACUGAGAACCUUAAUAAUUAUUAUUAAUAGUAAUUUUAUUGUUUAUAUGUCGCUAGUCUGGAAGGCUUACAACCUAACUAUAAGCAUAAUAAAAACGUCAGUCCUUAAAAACUUCCCUAAACAGGACUGCCUUCAGAUGUCUUCUAAAAGUCAGGUAGUUGUUAACCUUGACAUCUGAAGGGAGGGCAUUCCACAGGGAGGGGGCCACUACCGAGAAGGCCCUCUGCUUGGUUCCCUGUAACUUUACUUCUCGCUGUGAGGGAACCAGCAGAAGACCCUCUGAGGAGAACCUCAGUGCCCAAGCUGAGCGAUGGGAGUGGAGCUGCAGGGUUAACCACUUGUCUUAAAGCUAUGUCCACAUAGGUUGAACCAAUUCCUUUCUGGGUAGCUGUUUUACUGCCAUAAUAUAUAAAGCAGGCCAUAGCUGACUUUUGAGCAUCUGUACAUGUGAGUAGUUUUGUUUUUUAAUGGGCUUUGCUCACGGUCUUUGGAAAUAAUUACCCCUUAUUUAUGCGUCUUGCCUUCUUUGGUCCUAAAAUGCUGUCUUGGCAUGACUUAAUUAGCAGGAAUAAUUUCUUCCUAUACUUGUGAAAUCUUUUCAUUUCUGGCCUUGCCUAUUACAGUAGUAAAGAAUGUAAUAUGUCUUCAAGAUGAUCCAAGGACAUUCCUGCACUGCUAGUAAUCUUGUUUUCUGUUUGAUAAGGAUAGCAGAUGUGCAACUGGAUGGCAGUUUCAUUUUGUACUGAAGUGCUCCGAAUCUGUGAAACUAAUUUGUGCUCUAAACCUGAAAUGUUUAACAGUCAGAAUUUCCAGAAGGGAACUCCAAAAAUUGUAAUACUUUUACAGAUGCUCAGUGUUAGAUUCAUUAGACCAGUGUUUCUCAAACUUAGGUCCCCAGCUGUUGUUGGACUACAACUCACCAUCCCUGACCACUGGCCCUGCUAACUAGGAAUGAUGGGAGUUGUAGUCCAGCAAGUUUGAGAAACACUGCAUUAGGCAUUCCGUUGUCUACUAGAUUACAAUUAUUGGACUUCCUGCAUGGAAACUGUAACAGUUAAACCUGUAGGAGUUUGCAUUCCAGGUGUGGUUCUCUAAUGCACCAAUAUCUUCAGUAAGAAGGGAGGCCUGCACCACAAUAUUAUCAGUAAAGGCAGCUGUUCAAAUAGUACAUUUGAGUUGUAUCUUCCACUUGGAGUGCUCAGAGCACCAUAGAACAAACCAAACUUGUAAGUAUCCAUUCACUUGGUAUGUUCUUAAUAAUCAUGUGCAGGUGACAAGACAGGGAAGACCUUGACAGUUCAGUGGUGAAGUUCAGUGUAUCACAAAUUACUGAGCAUGAACAGCCCAGUACAAAGGUUGUAUACUAGCAGCCUCUGUCAAAUUAUUUGCAAGAUUGUAACAAACAUAUGCCAAGUUAGUUUUUUUAAUACAAUCAUUAAAAAGAGAUUUUUUGGGGGGGCUGGUAACUUUGUAUUCCACAUUCACUUACAUACCUGUCUUCAAAUUUAUUUAUUUUUGCAUGAGCUUAUCCUGAAAAUAGCUUCAGGAAGCCUGCAGCUCUUAUGAUUUCUCUUACUGCUCUUAGUUAGCGCUCAGCCUUCUGGGUGGUUCUUUUUACGUGAAAGUUGCAGCUCAAAGAUGGGAUGUUACUUCUAGCAGCAACCCAUAUUGCAUCACAUGGUGUUUCAGGCACAGCUGCAGUUAUAAGGUGCAGCCUUAAGAUAAGGAAAUCCCUGACUGAAUGCUAGGUGGUGAAGGGACAGCCUCCUGAACAAAGCUAGUACGUGCCUUUUCCGGUACAGUUACAACACUGGGAGUUGUUCAGUAGGCUGUUUCCCCCCACUUUCCCUGUUUUAAUCUCAAAACAAUUUAGGCUAACCCUUCCCCCAAGCUCUGGCUUUCUUAAGUAUUAUUCACUGUUCAUUAACUCUGUCACGCACUUUUCUGUGGGGAGUGGUGGACAUGUCUCGACCUCUUUGCUUGCAAGUAGCUCCUGGAUUACAUACUUAAUUUGGGAGAGGUCUGUCAUCAUUGAUAGCAAUGCUGUCUUGUGUGAAAAUCAUUGUAAUCACAAAACUAGUUCAUAUAGGGCUUCUGCAGCUUUGACUGUCAUACUUUUUUUUUGGUCUUGGAGCCUGCUACAAUAAUCAACCUGACUAGUUUGUGCACUUCAUUGCUUUUAUACCAUACAAACAUUCAUGGGGUUGGAUUCAGGCUUCCCAUUAGUGGAAGGGUUGGGGUUAACUUUACUAAUUCCUCCUUUCCUUUCUGCAGUUCCCACGCCCUUCCCCUGAGAUCUGUUCCAGAGAGAGGGAGCUCUGGAAUAGCAUUGAAUGUUGCUCUGGAGGCUUAAGAGGAAAUUGGUGAAACUUUCCUCCCCCCUUUCCCUUCCUCAAGCAAGAGCAUCCACUGCAAUCCAAUGGGUUGCAGAAGGGCCUUGAUCCAGUUCAUUGAAGUAUAUUCACUCACAAAUUAGCAGAACUGGAACUAACACAUCAUUAGGAUGCUUGAUGCUUAGUGUAAAGCUUUUAUUGUUGACGUUCUGCAUUUUAGGCAACUGGUUUGUAUUUGCACUAGCCUGUAAGAAACCCAAACUGUUCACAACAGAAUAAUAGAAUCAGCCAGCUUUGGAUGUGGAAUUUAAAUAGCACCAGCCAGUUUAUGUGGUUACUUCCAUGCCAAGAUGGCGGCGCUAUAUGUUUAAGUAAUGUUCUAGGUAUUAGAAGUAUGUUGGGCUGCUGAGGUGGGUGUUACCUUGGGAUAUGCUGGGGUGGUAAAGGGGUGUAGGGUUCUGCUUUUACCGCAGCAUUCUUGUUGCAAUUCUGAUUUGUUUCAGUAGUGUAUUCAUUAUAAAAGGGGUGUGUAGCCCUUUUUCAGAUGGCUUGCCAGUUGUCCCCCACACUGCUUGUUUUGGCAGGUACCUAGGUCUAUGGGUGUGGGGUGGGAGAGAACACCAGGCAUUGUAUUGGGGCGGGUUAUCUAAUGGCUAUUCACAUUGCUCUGCUACUGUUCUAGCAAAGCCCACUAAAGUCUGGAUGUCUGAACAUUUGUUUUCUUCUGCAGGAAAAUGUUUAUCGGUGGCCUCAGCUGGGAUACUACAAAGAAGGAUCUUAAGGAUUACUUCACGAAAUUUGGUGAAGUUGUAGACUGCACCCUGAAGUUAGACCCAAUUACAGGGCGGUCCAGAGGCUUUGGCUUUGUGCUGUUCAAGGAAGCUGAGAGCGUAGACAAGGUACGUGUUCAAGAUGCUUUGUCAUUGUUGCAGGAAUUCAGAAAAGGUCUUUGCUAGUUCUUGCUGAGUAUCCAUGGAAAUAUAGUUUAAGAUGCCAUGUUUUUUAUGUUUUAUUUUUUUACAGGUCAUGGAUCAGAAAGAACACAAGCUGAAUGGAAAAGUGAUUGAUCCCAAAAGAGCAAAAGCAAUGAAAACAAAAGAGCCAGUUAAAAAGAUUUUUGUUGGUGGGCUAUCUCCAGACACGCCCGAGGAAAAAAUAAGGGAAUACUUUGGAGGUUUUGGCGAGGUAAGUCACCUGCCCUGUCUGUUUAUAUUGAGGUAGUUUGGUAAUUCCCCUACCUCCAGAACUGCUCAGAGUGGCUGAUAGAAUCUCCUGAGCAACUUUAGGGUAUGUAUAGCAGUGGGGAAGGGAAAUAGACACUGUUAGAUACCACUCAUACUUAUUCACGACUUCCCCCAAAAUAUUUUUUGGAAAACAGUUUACUGACAAAAAUGGGGAAGGACUUUUUUAAGGGGGGAAGGAAGGCGGAAUUAUUUCAUUGCUGUAGGGCUAGUUUGACCCCCCCUGUUCAAAUGCAGCCGUUGGGAAUAAUGAAACUCAUGACAGUGGGUGCACCUAGGAGAUCUAUGCUUGGUAUUCCUUACAGAGGAAGCUCUGAGAAAAGGUCCAGCUACCCAAUAAGAAAGCUGUCCCUUCGUGGUACUUUUAAUCUCUUGUUUGCAUGUAAUUUUUGCUACGCUACUACACUUUUUGGUGCUUUGUUGUCUCCACACUCUUACUACCAGUUUCUAUCAUGGCCUCAGUUUGAAGACAUAGACAUUUAGUUCAUCCCUAAGAACUAUCCUAAACCAGGUGCUUAUUGGCUCCUAUUGACUUCCCCCUACAAAUCAGUUUAAAAGCUGCGUUGUGAUGUUCUGGAUGUUACAGUUGUGUUGGGGCUGAUUUGUUUCCAGAGCAGUAGGGUACUUCCAGCUUCACUGAAAUCAAUGGGAGGCUUGCCCUGAGUUCAGCAGGAUGUGGAGUGCACUGUUUAUUAUUGUUUCAGAACAAACCAUAGCUUAAUUGACUCAGACAAUAAAAGUUCAAAUUAAAUAUUAGAGUAGUAAUAUACUUAAGACAAACUGGUUGAAAUUUUGCAUUUGUAGGCCAGUUUCUUUUGAGAGCCUGAGAUUUGAUAUGUAUUCAGAAUUCUACUGAAGUAUGUUAUACUUCAGGCAUUUUUCACUUACGGUUAAAUUGGCUCUGAACAAUUUAAUGCUUCUGCAAUUAGCAUAGUUUUCUUUCAGUAAUUUAGUAAUCUAUGAUGGGGUGGGGUUACCUCUGGGCACUUUCCUAGGUGCAGAGGCUUAUUUCAAACAUUGUAGCAAACCAUGAGCAAGGACGCUUACUUAGUAUGAUGUGUGAAUGGACAAAUCAUAGUCAUACACUCUGAAGGCCAUUUUGCCCAGAGACUUGGGUCUUGAGCAGGAAAAUGGCUGUAAAUAAUGGCUUCCCUGUACUUCAGUUCAGACUAUGGUUUGGUUUCUAAUUUACAGUUCAUACAAUCAUUGAUAGUCAUGUUUGAAUUUCAGCUGACUACUUACAUCCCGACUACUUCCAUCCUAUAUUGUUUUUAUUUAAUAUGAACUUUGAAACAACGCUCUUCGUGUGCUCUUAGCUAUAAGCUGUUCAAAAUACAUAUUUUUGUGUGAUCUGUGUAUCUCUUGAUCAGGUGGAAUCGAUAGAACUUCCCAUGGACAACAAAACCAACAAGCGUCGUGGUUUUUGCUUCAUUACUUUCAAAGAAGAAGAUCCAGUGAAGAAAAUUAUGGAGAAAAAAUACCACAACGUUGGUCUCAGUAAAGUAUGUUUCAAGCUAUGAUUCCAAAGCACCUCCUCUUUAGAAAGAGAAUCCUGGUUUUGCUUGGUCAAUAACAGCCAGCUCUUAUCAAGACAGAAGAGUAGACAAGAAAACAGAAAGGGAGGAGUCACUGGUGGAUGUUAGGGGUGAAACAUUUGUUUAAAAGCAUGCGUGCGCACACACAGCUGUUAGAAAUAUUUACAACUCUGUUUUGAAAAAGUACUUUGAAAUCUUCACUAUAUACUUGAUAGUGAGCUCAGUUAUCUAAGUGCUGGUCUUUAUGUAGUUGACGACACCAUCCAUACAAAAGGGGGGAGGUAUUAGCAGGCUUGAGGUGAACCCCAAAAGCUUGCAGGAAAGCACACUUCUUGCGAGAGGGAGGGGGAAUCCGAAAACAGCCCAGUGAGCACUGGGCAUAGGAUAUUGACUGUGCUGAUGCCUUUUGUAGGGCAGGGCGAAGGGUGGGACAGAACCUAGAAAAUCAACUGCUUGUGACAUUACGCUGGGAGUGGAUAACUGUAUGUGGCCAGUGGGCCAUAUCCUUAAUUCCCCAUCUUUUGGGCCAACGUCAGUGGGUGGGCUGGGCUACCCACUUGUCAAGGUUCAAAGGGGCUGCGUCAAGCGCUUUGCAGGUGCGCUAUCAGCGUAAGCCUCCCUUCAGAGGGGUUUGUUAGUGCCUUUCAGUUGGUGCUGAUGGUGGGAGGUAAUUUGAAGGUCCUUAUUGCUCCUUUAUAGCUGCGUCCUUCCCUGUCCCACACAGGUGGGGCAUGGUAUUGUGAAAAUGGCCUCACAAGCCAAAUUGGGAGCAACUAGGCCCUCGAGCCAGAGGUUCCCUAUCUCUGGAUUACGCCAUUCAGUGUAACAUUUCAAGCAUUUAAAUUUCAGUUUAUGCUGGGGAGUUCAUAACUACCUUUGGAAACAGUAUUUACCUCUUCUUAAAGAGCAAUCCCUCUUCUGCCAGUGACUGGUAGAUAGGCUUAUUUGGAGCUUGUAACUUCCCAUCAAUUCUUACUAGUGUUUUUGUGAAAAUGAAGAUUUAACACUUAACUAUAAUAUAGCUGCAGUUUUUACCUGCUGUAAGUUUUGUUUAACUGGAGGUGCCAACUCAUUCCUUAAAUUGCAUUGCUAUUUUUGAUGGAUUUUGUAGUGUUAAAGUAAAUGGGCAUUGAACCUGAAAGAGCUGCUCACUUGCACUUUGCAGAAAUAACUAUUACUUACCAUUCUUUCAGUGUGAAAUAAAAGUAGCGAUGUCAAAAGAACAGUAUCAGCAGCAGCAGCAGUGGGGAACGCGAGGGGGAUUUGCUGGAAGAGCUCGUGGCAGAGGUGGAGGUAAAUUUUUUAUUUAACUGGCACUGAUACUUAAUUCCAGUACCUGCUCGAAGAUCUGUUCUCUCUAGUGCAUGUUUCUCAGCUUUCUGUUUUAAAAAUUCACCAAGCGUCUCUGUGAACUCAGUGCGCCUACCUGAUCUACAGCGCCUGGCCCUAGGCAUUGAAUCUUUUUAUAUUAACUGACAGUCCUUUUUAACAAUUCAGGAUUACAAGGAACCUGAGUGGUUGCUCACAGUAUAAAGUUAUACUUCAACAUAGUGGAAAGCUAGCUAACAUAUCUUGGUGUUUGGCACAAUGUAGCUGUUGCUGAACCAUACAUAACACCCAGUAUACUUAAAAUUAAAAUAAUUUACUUCGAAAUUCAGUUCACUGAUUUCAGUGGAAUUCCUUCCAAUUAAGUGUGCAUAAUAGCACUUUAUUUCAAAGACUUUAACCUUGCCAAAAAGGCUUCCAGAGCAGCUUACAAAGAUCAGUACUAAGAGUAGCACUUAAGCCAUGAGGAAGAAAGAAGGAGAGAAGCAAGUUCAGGCACCAGUUCUUACAGUGCAGUUCCUACAGUGAUCAGCUAAGUUCCAGUAGCCUGACAACUGAGAAAGGCCCCAAAGCAGCUAGGGUCUCAGCAGAAGGGAUGGAGUAGCCCAGCUGCCUUGUAGAGUUUAGGACUGUUCAUUUUAGGCUCUCUCCCCCCAGUGACCAUCUCUUACUUCUGUUGCAGGCCCCAGUCAAAGCUGGAACCCCGGAUACAGUAAUUAUUGGAACCAGGGGUAUGGCAACUAUGGUGGAUACAACAACCAAGGGUAUGGUGGCUACG